CAGCAAACCUUCGCCUCCCUUGCGGUGCCGCUCUAGUUUCCUGCGAGCACACAGCGAAGGCGACUGCCCGUGCAAGAACGUACCAACCAAUAUACUCGCCAGCCCUUUCCGGAACGCUUCCGGAACGAACGUGCGUAACGAUUGUGUGUGUGUGUGUGCGCGCGAGGGGUAAGGAGUUUGUGUUCCGUUGCGGUUCGGCGUUACAAGGGGACAGUGUCUCCGCACCGGUACAACGACACUCACGCACACACAGGCCGCAGUGCAAAAGCGGAGGGGGGCUUGAUGACCCCGACAGCUUCUACUCCCUGAUUGUUUGGUAACAUCCAAGUGUGCUGUGUGUGCGGGAAGUGGAUUGCGAAAAUUUGCCGUGCGUUGUGAUCCAGGCAGGCCGCACCGUACUUUCAUGUGGCCUGUGGUGCGGAAAAGCGAAUUUGUCGUCGCAAGUCGUGUUUGCUAAACCAGUCGCCUGCCGUUGCGGCAUAAGGUGGUGUGCAGCUUUCCCCCUGCUCGGGGUGGUUCCGGACGGUGCAGAUGUGAGCUCGUGAUAGGAAUAGUGCAUUUGUGUGCGGAUUCAAGUGAUCGGGAAGAGAGAGAAAAAAAACAAGGUUUACAGGGAGAAAUACUGUUCCAUCCACCAAAUCCACCAAACGUUAGUGGCGGAAUUUGUUUGCAAAAAAGCGACAGUGAAAGGAAAGAAAAAUCGACCAAAGCCAGCAGCAGCAGCAGGAAGCAGCUAUGAAUCGGAUGGCUUUGAAGAAAUCCUCCUACGGCAUGGAGGAAGACGACGAUGACGAGGAGGAGGAAGCCGACGAGAAGGUUGGCGGUGGUCGCGGCGGCGGCGGCGGCGGCGAUUCAACCGAUUCCGACUUUGACGACGACGAAGAUCCGGACGAGAUUGAAGUACCAGGCGGCGGCAAAGAUCUGGCCACGGUUGCUACGCUGACGAAAAAGUACAAAACGGAAGCGGCAGCAGGCACAUCGACCGUCGCGGGCACCGGAUUCGGCAUGGCAGCAACCGGCAUUAGCAGCAAAAGCGAUGCAAAGCAGCAGCAGCAGCAGCAACCGGGUCAGAAGGUGCAGCCAGCGCCGCCGGUUCUGAACAAGCUGGCCGGCGGUAACUUUAUCAUUAAGCAACCCUCCAAAGAUUCGAUAGCGGGCGUGAUGAUGGCGAGCGGCGGUGGUUUGAUCGCGGGCAACCGUACGGCAGGCGCCAUCGGCACCGCCAUGAAGCCAACGGGCGGCUCGCGGUUGACCGGACCGGUCGGUACCGGCACGGGGGGCAGUGCGUCGGCGACAGUUGCUUAUACUGCUACUGCACCGUGUCCAUCUUCGUCGACCGGCGGUGGUAACCGUUGGGUCGGGUUGGGUGGCGAAGGUCCCAGCGGUAGCAGCAAACCGAUCGGGAAGGCAACGGCAGCGAUGAUGACGACGGGGACGACGUCGAUGGUGACGACAACAGCAGCAGCACCGCCGAUCACCGGCACGGUACCCCCGGGAGCGACCAGCAUACUGGGCGGGCUGGGCAGCUACUAUCCGCCCGGCAUUGCCACUCUGCUGGCGCAGAUGGAAAUGUCCGGCCUCGGAGGGUAUGGUGGGAACUCAUCGAUAGGCGGCGGUGGUAGCAGCGGUGCGAUUGGCUCCGACAGCGUGAACAAAAUUAUGACAAACCAGCUAAUGCUGCAAAACCUGCAGGCGAUGCUGGUGGCCAAUCCGCACUACCUAACCAGCGGCAUACCGACGCAACUGCUCUCGCAAAUGGUGAUGGCAGAUCCUAGCAAGCUACAACUCAACCAAAUGCCCGAAGAGGAGGAAGCGGAAGAUGAAGAGAUGGGUGUGGCGGAAACGUACGCCGAAUAUUGGCCGGCAAAGCUGAAAAUUGGCAAAAAGCACCCGGACCCGGUAGUGGAAACGGCCUCCCUAUCUUCGGUCGAACCGAGUGACGUCUACUAUCAGCUGUCGAUUCCGCCCGAAACGAUCAACGGUGGGUUGCUGAGCGCCCUUCAGCUCGAGUCGAUAACGUACGCGAGCCAGGCACACGCCCACCUACUGCCGGACGGGACGAGGGCCGGCUUCCUGAUCGGGGACGGAGCGGGUGUCGGUAAGGGUCGUACAAUCGCCGGCAUCAUCUACGAGAACUAUCUGAAGGGGCGCAAGAAGUCGAUCUGGAUAUCGGUGUCGAACGAUCUGCGGUACGAUGCGGAGCGCGAUUUGCGCGACAUUGGAGCCGGCAAGAUUGAGGUGCUUGCUCUUAACAAGCUUAAGUACGCUAAAAUCAACUCCACGGUCAACCACAACGUGAAGAAGGGCGUCAUCUUUGGCACGUACUCGGCCCUGAUCGGGGAGUCGCAGAGCACGGCUGGGAAGUACAAGUCGCGGCUGAAGCAGCUGCUGCAGUGGUGCGGGCCCGACUUUGACGGUGUGAUCGUGUUCGACGAGUGCCACAAGGCGAAGAACCUUUGCCCGGUGGGCUCGAGCAAGCCGACGAAAACGGGCCUGACCGCGCUGGAGCUGCAGAACAAGCUGCCGAAGGCGCGGGUCGUGUACGCGUCCGCCACCGGCGCAUCGGAGCCCCGGAACAUGGCGUACAUGGUGCGGUUGGGCAUCUGGGGCCAGGGGACACCGUUUCCGUCCUUUAACGAUUUUAUACAGGCGGUAGAGAAGCGUGGUGUGGGAGCGAUGGAGAUCGUUGCGAUGGACAUGAAGCAGCGUGGCAUGUACAUUGCGCGCCAGCUAAGCUUCCACGGGGUGACGUUCAAGAUCGAGGAGGUGCCACUGACGAAGGACUUUAAGCAGGUGUACGAUGCGUCAGUGGAGCUGUGGGUGGAGGCGAUGCAAAAGUUUACCGAAGCGGCAGAACUGAUCGAUGCCGAGAGCCGCAUGAAGAAGACGAUGUGGGGCCAGUUCUGGUCGGCGCAUCAGCGCUUCUUCAAGUAUCUCUGCAUCGCCUCGAAGGUGAACCACGCGGUGAAGGUUGCGCGCGAAGCCAUUAAGUAUGGCAAGUGUGUGGUGAUCGGUCUGCAGUCGACCGGCGAGGCUCGCACGCUGGAGCAGCUCGAGCGGGACGAUGGCGAGCUGAGCGAUUUCGUGUCGACGGCAAAGGGUGUGCUGCAGUCGCUGGUGGAGAAACACUUCCCCGCACCGGACCGGAGUCGGAUCAAUCGGUUGCUGGGGCUGGCGGACGGUCGCACACAGCUCGACAGUAUACUGCAAGAUAUUGCCCGCAGCAAGGCGACGGCACCCGCGUCCGGAGGGACGGCUCUCGGGGAUGCGAAGCGAAAGCGUGCCGGAGCUGCCAGCAAGACGGCGGGCGUGCCAAAGACUAAGCGCUCGAGAAACAACGGUUCGUCGGACGAUGAAGGCUCGUCGUCGGACGCAUCGUCGACCGCCUCAUCGCCCCGUCGCUCGAACGAAUCCGACUUCCAGCCGUCCGACAGCGAGCCGGAGGAAAGCGACAACGACCACUACGACAGUGCGGCGAGCCAGAGCGACGAGUACAAUCCGUUCUUCACCGGGUCGGGCAGCGACGACGACGAUCCGUGGGUGAGCAGCAAAACGAAGUCAUCCUCCUCCUCGAGCAAGGUAAAGUCGAAAGGCAAGAGCAAACCACCGGCGACAACGGCGGCAGCGACUGUUUCGUCCGCCGCAGCGCUAGCGCUGGGCACGGGGCGGAAGAAACCGAUCAGCACGCAGGACAAAAUACAGGCCCACCUGACGAAGAAGCAGACCGACACGAAACCGACCACCAUCCAGUCGAGCAAUGGCUUCUCGAUCCAGCUGGCGGGCGGUCCACCGCCGAAGGACGCGAUCGAGCGCGCCUGCCAGAUGAAGGACGAGCUGCUGGCGAAGAUUGAACGGUUGGGCGACCGGCUGCCGGCCAACACGCUCGACCAGCUGAUCGACGAGCUCGGUGGGCCGGAAAAUGUGGCCGAAAUGACGGGCCGGAAGGGGCGCGUCGUGCAGAACGACGACGGUUCGAUACAGUACGAGUCGCGGUCGGAGCAGGACGUGCCGCUCGAGACGCUCAACAUUACCGAGAAGCAGCGGUUCAUGGACGGGUCGAAGGAUGUGGCCAUCAUCUCGGAGGCGGCCUCGAGCGGCAUCUCGCUGCAGAGCGACCGGCGGGUGCGGAAUCAGCGACGGCGCGUCCACAUCACGCUCGAGCUGCCGUGGUCGGCCGACCGGGCCAUCCAGCAGUUCGGCCGUACGCACCGUUCCAACCAGGUCAAUGCACCCGAGUACAUGUUCCUUAUCUCCGAUCUGGCCGGCGAGCGGCGGUUCGCCUCGACCGUGGCAAAGCGGCUGGAAUCGCUCGGUGCGCUUACGCACGGUGACCGGCGGGCGACGGAAACGCGCGACCUGUCCCAGUUCAACAUCGACAACAAGUACGGCCGGACGGCGCUCGAGUCGGUGAUGAAGACGAUCAUGGGGUACGAGUCGCCGAUCGUGCCACCGCCCGCCGACUAUCGGGGCGACUUUUUCAAGGACGUGGCGGGGGCGCUCGUGGGCGUCGGGCUGAUCGUGAACAGCGAGCAGAUGCCGGGCGUGCUGAGCCUCGACAAGGACUACAACAACAUCUCCAAGUUCCUGAACCGCAUCCUCGGCAUGCCGGUCGAGCUGCAGAACCGGCUGUUCAAGUACUUUACCGACACGCUGGAGGCUACGAUCGAGCAGGCGAAAAAGCGGGGCCGGUUCGAUCUCGGGAUAUUGGAUCUUGGUGCAGCGGGAGAGAACGUAACGCGCAUCAAGCUGAUUCGGUUCGCGCGCAAGCACGCGACUGGCAUUGCGCCAACCGAGCUGCACGUGGUGAAGGUGGAGCGUGGCAUGAUUUGGCAGGAAGCGAUCGACAAGUGGUCCGAGCUUGGCGGUGAAAAGGAAGGCUUCUACAUCUCGCAGCAUCCGCGCAACGGCAAGUACAACGUGGUGCUGGCGAUCGAGAUCGAAAAUCCGGCCAAGAAGAAGGCACUAACGGCCGGCGGGGGGGCCAGCGAGUUGAAGGGCAAGAAGGAAGCGAUCCUGUUCCAGAUCUACCACCCGAACACGGGCCUCCAGUUUAAGCACGAGACGCUGGCCGAGCUGGAGAAGAAGUACAAGAAGGUGCUCAGCACCGAGGCGGAACCGCACUGGACGCAGCUGUACGAUGCGUCGAUAAACACCUGCUCGCACAGCUACUGGAAGGGCCAGUGCCGGAACGUGUCGCUCGGUCACGAAUGUGAGAUUGGUUUGCGGCGACGUACGUACAGUGUGCUGUCCGGCUCGGUACUCGCGGUCUGGGCGCGGGUCGAGAACAGUCUGGCCGCCCGCAUCGGCAACCAGUCCCGGCUGCAGGUGAUUCGGCUGAAGACGAAGGAAGGCGUCAAGAUUGUCGGUACGCUCAUUCCAAAGAACUGCGUCGAGCAGCUGGUCAAAGAUCUGGCCAGCGAUUCGGAGAAGGUGGACGAGGUGAUCUUUGACGAACAGUAGAGCAGGAGGUCCCGAUCGAAGUAGGGUUUGGCCGCAUCCCGGUACAUGUUCUUUUUGUUGUUAUUUGACAAAACUUCACACCCUCCCACGAUAUGCGAGAGGAAAAGGUUCCUACACAAACGGCACGACUAUUGUAUAGGCGGUUCGCGCGGUACUGAUUUUGGGGUUCGAUUGAACCCGAGCCCGAUUAGAAGAUUUUCCUUACACUUAAGAACGUUUAUCGGACGGACUCCUGACCAACUUAUUCAUCAUCCCCUCUCUCUGGAAAGCUGUGACGUGCGAUGGUGUACGUCUUUAAACGAGAACACAAGAUCCCUGACAAAGGUGUCGUGAUAAAGGUAGAUCGAUCGCAAAGAACGACAUUCAAACGAUAGAGAGAGAGAGAGAGAGAUGCUUAGUCACGAUAGCGUGUUUUAUUCCUCCCGGUAGCACUUAUCGGUUUAGCUUUUUGUUUGUUUUUUUUUUGUUUCGUCCUUAGAGAGACUGUCCUUCGAAGAAGAACUCAUGUUUGUUGUAAAGUUUGUGUACAAAUUAUCUCUUAGUUAACGGAUCCAUCAUCGUCCCCCUCCCCCUUCACGCCGAUACUUUUAACUUACAAACCCCCCCGAGAGUCAGCGUCGUGUGCGUGUCGAAGGCGUUGCGGUGUUUCGUUUUAAUUUCGGGGACGUUUCUUCCGCCGGGACUGCCGCCGCGCGCACACGUGUUUGGCGUGUUUUGCUUUAAUACUUUAACGUACGUUACGCCGGCUCCCUCCCCCCACCCCCCUUCGUCACUUCUAGGGAGCGUGGGUAGAGCGAGAUAUUUCUCCCGUCAUUUCGGAAGGAUAGCAAAAUAAACAGGAUUUAGAGAAGUCAUACAUUCAA